AUGGUUUCUAUCACUCUCCCCGAAAACUACGGUGCCGUCAUUGGUGUUGCCCUGGGUGUAAUCCCUGUCCUGGGUUUCAUUCAAGGUGCCAUUACUGGAUCAACCCGUAAGGCUGCUAAGGUUCCCUACCCUCACAGCUACGCCACUGUUGAGCAAUGCAAGGAGAACCCCAAGGCCGAGCAGUUCAACUGCGCCCAGCGCGCCCACACUAACUUCAUGGAGAAUGCUCCUCAGACCAUGCUGUUCACUCUCAUUGCUGGUCUGAAGUACCCCGAGCUGGCUGCUGGUAUUGGUGCUGCUUGGGUGGUUUUCCGUUGCAUGUUCCUCUACGGAUACGUGUACUCGGGUAAGCCUAAUGGUUCCGGCCGUCAAAUUGGUGCUUUCUUCUGGCUGGCUCAGGGUGCUUUGUGGGGAUUGACCACAUUUGGUGUUGCGCGCCACUUGAUCUCAUACUAG